AUGAAUCUCGUGAGAAUCAUCUUGCUCUUGUGCGCCCACACGGCAGAUCUGGUGGCACCUGUAUGCAACGGCGUGAAGGAUCAGGUGGUGUUCUGCAAAGAUGGCAACAGCCUCAAAAUAGAUCCCCCCCCCCCCGCUCCUGACUACAAGUGGCAAUAUGGAACACCCGACAGAGCGCUCCCAGGGGAACUGAAGGCAGACCCAACCACAAAUGUAGUGACGGGCCCCCUGGAAGCAAAGCACACCGGCUUGUACUUGGCCAUCAAAACUGAUGAUACAUCACAGACGGACAAGUUCACCGUCAUUGUGGAUGCGGUCGAGUGCACCAAAGAGACGCCGUGCCAGGUCGGGACGGGUAGCUCCAUCAAAUUGAACGCCGACAUUGAAGAUGCCGAAUGGAAGUUAGGCAACGACAAACUCAAUGACCCUGCUAAUAAUGAACCACCCAAGUUCACCGACAAGAAGAAAGCGUUGGGCCUCUUCGACGUGAAAGCAGAUCAGAGCGGGACGUACAAGGCCACGAAGGCAGGAGAGAGUGCAACGUUUCCAGUCACCGUCAGCGCUAAAACUCCCGUCUCCGGUGUCACAGUCAAGGAGGGAGAGGGUUGCGAUGCGAAAUUAGAGUGCCAGUUCACCGGUGAUGCCAAAGACAUCAAAUGGACCAAGGACAAUGAGGCCGUGACUCCUGACGGGAAAACGUUGACCGUCAAGACGGGGGACUCCGGUAAGUAUGCCUGCAAGGUCCUGGGCUUCCACGGUGGUGCUCCGGUGACGAGCCCCACCUUUCCCUACGCCUACGCAGUUUCCACGGUCAGCAUCCAACGGAGCGGCCGUGUCCUCACGUGUGUCGCCGACGGUGCCGUCAAAACCUUUGAGUGGCUGACGUUCGGAAACGUGCCUGUCACAGCAAGCGACGGCAAAGUGGGCAGUGACCCGUCCAAGUUCACUUUGGACGCCAAGGCCAUAGGCCAGUUCAUUUGCAAGGUCACCGCCUGCGAUAACAAGAACAUCAACUCCCCGCCCUUCAACGUCAGCGGAGGCAAGGGCCCCACCGGUAGCCCCGGCACGGACCAGGACAACGAUCCGAAACCAACCGCAGCCACCCAGGGCCCGUCCUGCUCUGUCGCUCUGUUGGUGAUAAGCGUCCUCAUUGAGCUCUACGUGGUGAUGAUGAUGUAG